AGGCUAGUAAGUUACGAAUCUGAGUCUUUCCAAAUCCAAUGAAAACAAAUGAAAUUCGUAAAAUAGAUUCGUAAAUAGGAAGGUCCUUUGAAGAUAUAGUUGAGUAACCACCUUCAACAGCAAUCUGUCAGAUUCAGCAACCUAACUGACGCCAACAUGUGAGUACGACUAAGAUGGAACGUGAGACCUUAUGUUUUUCCUUUUCACCCUCUGACAAUAGAGCAACUAAAGCACCACGACUGAUAGUUUGAUUUUCCUUCAUGAUGACGGAGGUAGCGCAUUAAGCACAAAUCACCGAGCCCGCUUCUCCUGGGCACCAGAGCAAGUGAGGAUUCAUCACCGCGACGGCUCUAACCUACAACAUCUUCCUGCUCAUUCGCUUUACGUUUCCGCUAUCGAGCCUCGCAAAAAUUCCGGCCUUUGUCAUCAGGACGGACAACAACAGAGUCGGCAAAAUCUUUUGGCGCACAGCCCUUGAGGACCCCGGGGCAGCGACAUAAUUCUCAGUGCAAUCUCUCCUGAUACUGCAGCAUGGCAACACGGGACCGAGCAGGAGCACCCAGCUACUUGCGCAACCGAACGCUGGAUCUGGAAGAGCCGAAGGCCUGGGUUCUUGCCGAACAAAUUUAUCGACGCGACUUCGGGGACGAGUGUGCUGCCACUUUUUUUGACAUUCUAAGCGGCAACAGGCGAACAGGAACAAUGCAGAACUCGCAGGAUUUGAGCGCGUAUGCAGAUAAGCACCGGUCCCGCGACCCAACGACGAUGAUGCUGAGGCAGGAAGAGGACAGGAUCGUGCUCGAACACAUCGAAGCAGAGGUUGACGACAACAUGUUACGGCUGUUCGGCGAGAAGCAGCUUGCAGAAAUGGACCCGGAGCAGCGGACUCAAUUCAGAAACGACUGCCAAAACCACCUCAUCCGACAGAUCGAGAGAGACUACACUCCAACGAUAAUCACGAAGAUGAACCAGGAGGAAACGCGUCAACGAGCGGAAAACGACAUUGACGAGACACCACUGCAGCUCCACGGCAACGGAGCUAACAAUUCUAGUAAUUUGUUCACAUUUACGCUCCCUGGCGUCGACGGCGAUACGACGCAUUUCGCGCGCCCCGGUGCUGCUCGGCGUACAGGGCCUCCAGACCCACAACCGGCACCGGUGCAACGACACCCCCGACUGUUACCACGAGAACGAGUUGGGAAAGGUGAAAGCAAAAAUGUAGCCGUCUCUUCACUAACAAGCUCGAGUUCUAGAAAUAACGUUCUUCUCCUCGAACCCGCAGACACGAAGGAGCCCGUGGCGCUUGACCCUCUUCCGGAUUCCAAUGUGCAACAAGAAGACCACGAAAACGGUGACGACACUGAGUUGGAGUACCUAGAUCGUGUGCUGAACACCCAGCAUUUCCUUCCUUCAUCGUCCCCCGCCGCAAACACCUACGGAGCUGCAUACGAGGAGCCCCCACAGGCACCCCCCGCCCACUCGCACUCCUCGAGCAGCCUUUACGGUUCGUCGCUGCUGUAUGACGAGCAGCCGGGUAGCAGAAUUUUUGGGGAGGAAAGCCAGAACUUUGACGUCACCAUGCGCGAGGAGCAGAGUGGUUUGUUUCUCGGCGCCGGUCAUGAUCUUCAGCAGAACAAAAGCAGGACUGCCAGCUUGUCGAAAGCUCCUGCUGUGGAAAACAACUUACUGGCGGAAAACGACGAACAGAUGUUGGACGAAGCGGAGCAAGACUCGGCCAAACAGGAACAGGAUUUUUCCGACCAGGAAAGUGAGGACGACGUGAUGCUGCUGCCCUCGUUGACGCCAGAACAGGAGCGUCUACUUGGUGAGUUGGAAAAGGAGUGGGCCGUGAGUGCUGAAACAGAAAAGAAAGUCGAGUCCUGGUGGGAGGAGCAUCUACAAAAACUGGGAGAGGAUACGCUGCUGCUGGUUGCUGGCAAGGACGAACACUGGACCAAAGAGAUGAUCCGGGUGCGACACGUAGAAGCGUUGUUGAUGGACAAGUGGCUGCAUGACACACUGGUGGACUUUCUUCUACCGGUUCGGUUCCGCCAUCAUCAGCGACUCCUGCCUGCGGAUCAAGAAGCGAAAGUUUUCUGCUACAAGUGCAACUUCGUCGGUUCUUUGCGCAGAGGUGGCUUUGACACAGUUAGAAAUUGGGGAAAACGGUUAGAGCGGCGGAAAGUGGAAAAUGGAAAGGCGAAACCGAUCCGGAUCUUCGAAUUAGAUUUGUUUUUCGUGCCCGUGCUCGACGGACAACACUUUACCGUUGUGGUGGUAGACUUCCGAUCGAAAAUAAUGGCAGUGCUGGACUCGAUGCACUUAGAUCCGACGACGGCAAAAUGUAUGCUCGUACACGACUACUUGUGCAAGGAGUGGGCGAAGGAGCACAAGGGGGAUGAAUGGGAGGGCCAAGAUGUGUCGCAAUGGAAGAUCUACGCAUCUAUCGAUCUUCCGUGUCCAGGAGGAGCCGGGUUGCCACAACAGCGAAUGACGCAUGUAUGAAGUUGAAGACUUCAUCUGCCGAUGGGAGAUCCUUGCCCAAAAAUUGUCAACCUUUCAUUCUCAACCUCAAGCUCAACAUAAUUCGAAUAUAACUUCUUGCAUCUCUUGGCUAUGUUCCGAGCAGAGGACUGCAGUCUGGUCAUCAUCAAUGUGCGCCCCUCCUCCUGCUCCUUUCGGGGGCUAAUUUUCACAUUCCGCAACAAGGACUGUUGGUGUUGCAGCCAUGCUCUGACGAAGCAAGUAUUCCCAUUAGCUGAAAGAGUUCUUCGCCUUCAUAAUUCGAGUGCGGGGUGUUCUGUUUGCUUUAUGUCGAGCAAGUUUUGAGCAACUACCGCCGCGGGGCGACGGGACUCGAUCUGUUUACUUUCGCGAUCGACCCGAACAAAGACUCCAGCUACCGAAAGCAGAUCGCUGAGUGGGUGAUGGAAGAAAAACUGGCGCCGAAAGGAUGAGGCAGAGGAGAAGUGUUGUCGAUGGAACGGAAACGGAUAGAAUAAUCAAGCAGUUGCGGCGGGCCCCCUCUCCCUAACUCACUGUACGGCAGGCGACACUACCUAGUAACUGGCGAGCACGUUUGAAAAGAAAAAACGACGACAGCAAGAACUUGCUCGCAUUGUCCACUUGUUACACGACUGAACAUAUUUCAUCCACACACAUGAUCGAGCUACAGCGUGAAGGGGC